CGUCGCCUGGAACUAGGGUCAUGUCAGCUGGAUAGUGUUACUCCGUCAUCGAUCCAACAUGCACACUUUGAUGCCAUGUGUUUCCCUCUCUUUUCUACUAAUUUUAAGCUUCCGAUACACUAUAGCCGAACCACGAUUAUCUGAUAUUCUAAAGAAUUCCACCAAGGAGUCUAUUUUAAAGGAACCGACUGUACUUAUUUCAAUUAUAGCCCGAAAUUCGGCGCAUCUCCUACCGAACUGGCUCGGCUACUUGGAAAACUUAGACUACCCAAAGAAUAGAAUCUCAAUCUGGAUUAGCACAGAUCACAAUGAAGACAACACAUCAAGUAUUCUUCGAGAAUGGGUUACCAAUGUUAAACCACUUUACCAUAGAGUUCUUAUCAAUGUGACAGCGUCGCCRAAGAGCUAUAUAGAUGCAUCACAUGCAUCAGAAUGGACAGAUGCUAGAUAUUACCAAGUGGCCUUGUUAAGACAAAAGGCUCUUGAUUCAGCUCGAAAGCAAUGGGCUGAUUAUUUAUUUGUAAGUCAGUACUUUGUGAAUUAA